AUGGUACUUUCGGCUUUUCUGCGCCGCGGCAUUCUGCUUACAGCCGUGACCUUGACCGCCCUAACUCUUGUCAAUGCUACCGAGGUCAUGCGCCGCCCGCCCACAUUCAAGAACCACCCGCAUAGCGUCGACACUCAGCGCAAGGUCAAUCUUCACGUCGUUCACAAGCGCGCCACGUCGGGCUCGAAGGUGCAAGCUGCGUACUUCACCAACUGGGGCAUAUACGGUGCCAAUUUCCAGCCUACGGACAUCGAUCCCAGUGACCUGACCCACAUCCUGUAUUCGUUCGCCGACGUCUCUGCCGACACGGGUUCCAUCUUCCUGACCGACUCUUGGGCGGAUGAACAGAAACACUACGCUGGCGACUCGUGGAAUGACGUCGGCAAUAACCUCUACGGCUGUCUCAAGCAGCUCUACCUUCUCAAGCUUAAGAACAGAAACUUGAAGGUCCUGUUGUCCGUCGGCGGCUGGACCUACUCUCAAGCAGGUCACUUCAACUUCGUCACUGACGCUACCAAGCGCGCGGCCUUCGUCACCAGCGCUGUCAGCCUGAUCGAGAACUAUGGUUUCGACGGUAUCGACAUUGACUUCGAAUACCCCUCAUCCGACGCUCUGGCUGCUGGUUUUGCAAGCCUGCUUACCUCGUUGCGGGUCGCGUUCGACAACUUGCAAUUGCAGAAGGGUGAUAGUACCCCAUAUGAGCUGACGGCCGCCGUCCCCGCGGGCUCAGACAACUACGAGCACUUGCACGUUUCUACGAUGAACGCUGCACUCACGUACUGGAACCUAAUGGCUUAUGACUACGCUGGAUCUUGGUUGAGUUGGGCACGUAAACGGGACCACGAAGGUCGGAUUACAGCUGACUUAGCUCCUUCAGCCAACCUCUACUACGGCGCGCGUACGAACGUCUCGACCGACAAGGCAGUGAAGUGGUACAUCGCUAAUGGCGCGACCGCCGGAAAGAUUAACAUGGGUAUUCCUCUCUAUGGUCGCGCAUUUGAGAACACCAACGGCAUCGGUUCCUCAUACAGCGGGAUCGGUCCUGGUACAAUCGAGGCCGGCGUAUACUCGUAUAAAGCGCUUCCACUUGCCGGUGCUCAGGUCUAUGAGAACUUGACGGACGUCACUAGCUAUUCGUACGACUCGUCUAAGCGGGAGCUUGUGACGUACGAUACCCCGAACAUCGCCUCCAUCAAAGCUCAGUACGUCCGCGACAAGGGGCUUGCUGGCUCUAUGUUCUGGGAGCUGUCGACGGACAAGACAGGCUCUGACUCGCUCGUCGCUACGACUGCCAAUGUGUACGGCAGUCUUGACCAGACGCAGAACCACAUCUACUUCCCCAACAGCAAAUGGGACAACCUUCGUAGCAACAUGGGCCAGUCGACGGGAGGAUCAUCCUCGUCCUCUUCUUCGAAGCUCAUCCACGUCCCGGAGCUCGUCUACGUCACGGAGCUCAACAACAUCGUCCUCUCGCUCCUCGACGAGUUCUACCCGUACCUCGACCACACCUACCAGCACCAGCCGCUCUUCGACUACCCAGAGGUCUACCACUUCCACUUCCUCUCGCCGCUCGUCGUCGACCACCCGUCGCUCAUCGACAUCUACUCGCAGCUCGUCUACCACUUCCCGCUCACGACGUACACCGGUGGCAACAAGGCCACGUACAACGGCCAUCUAUGGACUGCGAAGUGGUGGUCCUAUAACGACACCCCCGGUGGCCCAGCUGGGGUUUGGACCGACAACGGCAACUGCUAG